AUGCAAAACCUGCACAAUAUAGUGAUGUUUCCAUUGGAUAACGUACUGAAAGGUGAGCUGAAAGGAGUGAAGGGCGACAUCAAGAAGCCGUUCGAGAAGGCGUGGAAGGACUACGACUCGAAGAUGACCAAAAUCGAGAAGGAGAAGAAGGCUCAGGCGAAAGAGGCCGGACUCAUACGCACUGAGAUCAGUGGCGCAGAGAUCGCGGAGGAGAUGGACAGAGAGAGGAAGUUGUUUCAGUUACAAAUGUGCGAAUACCUGAUCAAAGUUAAUGAAAUCAAAACCAAAAAAGGGGUCGAACUGCUCGAGCAUUUGGUCGAGUACUACAACUCUCAGACCAAUUAUUUUAGAGAUGGACUCAAAACCAUUGAACACUUUAAUGGAUAUAUCAAUGAUUUGUCGACUAAAUUGCAGAAAAUUCGUCUCAAACAGGAAAGCGAACGAAAAAAUUUGUUAGAAUUGCGGACUCUUUUAAAAAGUUCGUCUAAUUUGGGCGACAAUUUAAAAGAGCAAAACUCGACGACCAGUAAUGCGUCCACUCAUGAACGCAAAGACAGCUCUAAUCUCAUGGGUUAUAGUUUGCAUCAAAUGCAGGGCAAUAAGACGUAUGGCUUCUCAAAAGCUGGACAUUUACUUAAGAAAUCUGAGGGCAAAAUGCGGGUCAAAGUGUGGCAAAAGCGCAAAUGUGAGGUCAGGGACGGCUUCCUUUACAUCUAUCAUUCGGACGAAUCCAAGUCUCCGACAAAACUCAAUCUCUUAACCGUUCAAAUCAAAGCGGUUCCCGACGACAAGAAGUCAUUCGAUUUGAUAUCGUAUAACAGGACGUAUCACUUCCAGACCGAAGACGAGACGGAGACCGAGGCCUGGACUUCAGUUCUCGUCAAUUGCAAAGAAGGCGCUCUUAAGAAAGAAUUCGAUAAUAAUAACCAAUCGUUAGCUUUAAACGACCAAAACUGUCAAAGUUAUGAAAACCAAAGUCUUAGAGAAUUACAACAAUCUAUUAUCCAUGAAGUGCAGAGACUUCCCGGUAAUGACCGUUGCGUUGAUUGUAAUUCUGCCAAAGACCCGACCUGGCUCUCCACCAACUUCGGAGUUCUCACUUGUAUUGAGUGUUCGGGAAUACACCGGGAAAUGGGAGUCCAUGUCUCCCGAAUCCAAUCGCUCACUCUGGACAACAUCGGGACCUCUCAACUGCUUUUGGCGCGAAUGAUGAGUAAUACGGGUUUCAACGAUAUAAUGGAAGCGACGCUUAACCCGACUCUGAAGCCGACGGCCACCAGUUCUAUGGAUAUGCGAAACGAAUUCAUUCGCACAAAAUAUAAGGACAAGAAAUAUAUAAUCAGAUCGUGUAGUGAUGAGACAGAACUUCGUUCAGAGCUCGAAGACGCUGUCUUUUCGCGUCAUUUGCAUCAACUCUUGCAGGCAUUCGCAGAGGGAGCAGACCUUACCUGUGUUUUGCCCGUCAGCACCAAUCAGGAGACAAGUCUUCACUACGCCAUCGCUCAGGAGGACGGCAUGUCUCUACAUAUCGUUGAUUUUCUCAUUCAGAACAGUUUAAAUCUGAAUUGUGUGGACAGAGACGGCAAUACAGGUCUCCAUUACUGUGUUCUCUAUGAUAAGAGUGAAUGCAUGAAACUCUUGCUUCGAUCCAAUGCUGACAUCACUAUUAAGAAUAGUGAACACAAAACACCACUUGAUUUGGCCAAAGAUCGCCAGAACCAUCGGCUUAUAGAACUGUUGGAGAGUGCGGCUCUCAAUAAGAAAAGUUUGUUUGAAAAUGUAUGUCUGGAUACAAGUUUACAUCCCUCUGAAGACCCAUCGACUGAUUUUAGUGAUGAGGACAUCGCCGAUGAUAAGCAAACGGGAAGUCAUUCGCAUCCGAUGCCAAUGGAGAGGCGUUCGCGACCGUCGAGUGUUGUCGGAAGCGAAUCGCCUUCAAGUAAAUCAAGCGAUAGCUUCAAACACCCAAACAUGAAAACUCCGAACGCAAUGAACGCUCAAUUCAGGAAUAGUGUUAAGAAGCGUUCGGCACCCGUUCCUCCUCUUAAAGACGAUGACAGCAGUGGCAGUAAUGGCAGUAAUAGCAGUACUUUAGCCAAAGAUCACAACAGAACUUCUUCCGAUUCAGGAAUAAUAUUCAAAUCUGUGGCACAAAAUCAUUGGCGAAACUGUUCGGUCGAUUACUCUAAUGAUAACAACACAUAUGAAAACAAAUCCAUUUCACACAUCAAAACAAACCCACAAUCAGUUUCCGUAUUCGUUACCGACAAUAAAAGUCCUCAAGUGUUCGCCAGUAUUCACAGACCGCGGUGUCCGCCCCCACCCACACCUCAAACCAAUAGACUAAGUAAUGGACAGUCGAUAGAAAGCUUGCCUUCUUUGUUGUCCGAACUGGAAAACUGUGGCAAUCGUUCGCAUCCAAUGCCAGUUCCUCCGCCACGAAAGAGAAAUGAUGGCUUACGGCAAAGACGAUGGGAAGCGCGCUAUGACUGCGAACCGGACAGAGAGGACGAGUUAGCGUUCAAAGAGGGAGAGAUCAUCGUUGAGAUCAAUGACGUGACCGCAGAUCAGGAUUGGAUGGAAGGCAUAAUUGAAGGACAACCCCAUAGACGGGGAUUGUUUCCUCUCAGUUAUGUUCGUCUACUAAAUUGA